AUGGUAUCAGAGCGAUACCCAAGGGAUGAAGACGAAGAUUCCGCUGCCGAUUUCGAUUCAGCCAUUGAGAAAGACGAAGAUCUUUCUCGUGAUGCAGCUAUGGAGGUUUCUGCAUCAGGAAUUCAACCUUCAACCCUCUGCAAUCACAUCAUUUUCGGCAAUUUCGGGAAUUCAGAUUUUACUACCAUUCAAUCUCCUUUGAUCACUCCAAUCGAGCCAACAAUUGAUGGAUUUUCCAUAAAGAUUGGCAAGAUAACAUGUAUUCUUGCGGAUUCAUGUUGCAGCAUUGUCGAGGAAUCUGCGUUCCAAGAAUCUGAGUUUGCCGCUUCGGAAGACGAAGAGAAAUCGAAGAAUCUUGAUUCUGAAGUUGUGGCUUCUGAAGCAAUCAAGGGAUUGAACCACAACGAAUCUGAAUUUCGCGUUUCUGCAGAAAUCAAACAAUCAGAGAAUCAGGUCAAAGGUAGAGUUCCGUUACGAUCUGUUUACGGCGUUGCCGCCAUAAGGCUUUUCGCUUCUUGGUUCUAUGUCGGAAAACAGAAACAACAAAUCAGUAGCACCACAAUCAACAACCAGGUUUGGCUUUUCGAACUACAUGAUGAGUGCAUCGUCGAUUUUGAUCCCGGUGGAAUUAUGUUAGUGAUUUCCAGUUCUGCUACUAUGCUCUCUAUUAUGUCAAUUUUCGAUUCAAUUUCACUCUUUCCCUUCGAUCCCGGUGGAACUUUCCUAUGUCAAAUUGGUCUUUGUUUUCUGUUUGGUUUCUGUUUUCCAAACUCAUACUAA